ACGGUCAGGUGGCGCAUCAGCUGUUUGUGCUUCAGGUGGUUUUUCGUCAAGCAGGUUGCUGGACCGCGGCCGGAUGUUCGUGUGGUCGUCAGCGCAGGCCAAGAAGCUCCUCGUAGGGCCUGGGGAGCAGCCGGAGGAGGACGAGCAGGAAGGGCGGCCGCUGGAAGGAGGACAAGAAGGACAAGGAGUCAGCAGGAGGAAGACGGCGGCGAGGAGGGCAGCUCGGUCCGGCGACGCGGAGAAAGGAUGCGAGGAAGCGGAGCGCAGCGUGGGAGACAUGGCGCUGAAGGAGGAGGGAGUGGACGAGGAGGAGGAGAAGAAGGAGGAGGAGGAGGAGGAGGCGGAGAUGUGGGUGGGUGAGCGCCUGCUGGAUCUCGGAGCAGGGGACGGUCACGUGACUCAGGUCCUGGCCGCGGGCUCCGUACAGGUCGAUGUGACGGAAGCCUCGCCCGUCAUGAGGAAGAGGCUUCGGGACAAGGGCUACAGAGUGCUCGACGUCAGGAGUUGGAUGCAGGAAACGGGAGACACAGAGUAUGACGUCAUCACUUGUCUCAACCUCCUGGACCGCUGUGACACGCCCAAGACCCUCCUGAAGGACAUUUACCGAAAACUCAGACCCGACGGCACGCUGGUGGUUGCUUUGGUCCUGCCCUUCAGCCCCUAUGUGGAGUAUGAUUCCUUAUAUUGGGGCAAUUCCUCCUCUAAAUGA